UAUUGCAAAGGGUGUUUUGAUUCCUAAUGGACAAAGGGAUUUUUUGCUGUUUGUAGCAGUGUAUCCAUUCUUUUCUAUGGCAAAUGGUGUUUCUGUAAAGACACUUUUUUUCUUUCACUAGCAACUCCUGUUCAUCACAGAAAAGACCAAAUCAUCUGUCUAGUGUAAAAAAAAAUAGAAAAGAAGCUGUUUUUUGAACAGAUAUAAGCAGAAAAUACUCCUGAACAUCCAUAAAGAGCAACAUUGGGUUAAAAGUGAGACAUGCCAUCCUGCCAUUUCCCCACUCCAAGAACAAAUAUAUAUAAGCCACUGCUAAUCCUUCACUUGAUCCUUCUCAGCAGUCUACAAAGAGUCUGUCAGGUAUCACACCUUUUGCUACUACUGUCUUUCUUUCCAAAACAGAGCUCUGUGUAUGAGACAUAACAGAUAAAUGUUUGUAUUGGGCAAAACAGGAGAAGGUGAAAGAAAGAACAUAUGCAUAUGUUCCAAAAUGAGCAUUUUUUCUGAAGUUGUGCAGUGAGAGGCCCUUGCAUUUUACUACUUGCAUUGCUCUUGAAAAAUCCUAGAUAGAGUGACACAUGGCUAUGCAGGACAGCUUGGCAGAGACAUGUCAAACAUAAGACCUGCAACCCUUGCAUCUGAAUGUAAUGAGGAAGUCAUCAAUUCUGCAGCUGUACAACCUAUCGUGAAGCAAUUGCAUUCCUAUUUCCACACACAGUCAAAUCUGUCCUUUCUGACUGCCCUGUUGGUGCAGGAAGCUUGUAAUUCGUGAUAAAAAGAAAAAUGUCAUUAUUAGAAGCAUGAGGAUUAAUAACUUGUAACUCCUACAGGACCAGCGCACACACAAAUGCUGUAGAUAGUACAACUCCAGCACAGGAGUCAGCCUACAAAUUACCUUGUGCCACAUCAAGGAACAAAUUCCAGCUUCUUACAGCAAAAUACUGCAGCCCUUCGAGAAGAUGCACGAUGUGCUCAAUCACAAGGAAUUUCAUCGCUUACAACUUUGACUAGGAGAUUUUCAACAGAAAGAAAAAAGGGGGAAGAACAACUUCCUCUUUUCACAAAUUUCCUUCUAGUUUUCAAGAUCUUGCUUUCUUUCAGCACUUGCUUGAAGGCUGAUUCCCAUGCCGUCCGCCAUAAAUGCAGCAGUGGCUCAGCAGACAGCUGCUGGGUCAGUUCCCAGCACUACUGUUACCACUACAGCUGAAGGUACAGGUGGGGGCACAGGGGGGAUUUAUUCUGCCAUUAUAAGUCGCAACCAGCCCAUUAUCAAAGUAAAGGAAAAGACCUAUGAAGAGCUUCACAAGAAGUGCCUGGAGAAAAACAUUCUCUAUGAGGAUCCUGAUUUCCCACCUAAUGAGAGUUCCCUCUUCUACAGCCAGAAAAUCCCCAUCAAGUUUGAAUGGAAAAGACCACGUGAAAUCUGUGAGAAUCCACGAUUUAUUAUUGGUGGAGCUAACAGAACAGAUAUCUGCCAAGGAGAAUUAGGUGACUGCUGGUUCCUGGCUGCCAUUGCUUGUCUGACACUGAAUAAAAAACUGCUCUGCAGAGUUAUACCUCAUGACCAGUCCUUUAUACAAAACUAUGCUGGCAUCUUUCACUUUCAGUUUUGGCGCUAUGGAGACUGGGUGGAUGUUGUCAUCGAUGACUGCCUACCCACAUACAACAACCAGCUGGUCUUCACCAAGUCCUCCCAGCGCAACGAGUUCUGGAGCGCUCUCCUGGAAAAGGCUUAUGCAAAACUCCAUGGGUCCUACGAAGCUUUGAAAGGAGGCAACACCACAGAGGCCAUGGAGGACUUCACUGGAGGAGUGACAGAGUUCUAUGAGAUAAAGGAUGCUCCUAAAGAUAUCUAUAAAAUCAUGAAACAUGCCAUUGCCAGAGGAUCCCUCAUGGCCAGCUCCAUUGAUGAUAACUUAGGCUUUUCCUAUGGAUCAGCUCCUCGAAGUGACAUUGGCGAACUGAUUGCUCGAAUGGUGAAGAAUCUAGAAAAUGCACAGAUGUCUCACCCCACUGUGGACUACAAGGGGACAGAUGAAAGGCCAGCCUGGACCAUAGUGCCAAUGCAGUAUGAAACCCGGAUGUCUUGUGGGCUGGUCAAAGGUCAUGCCUACUCUGUCACGGCUGUGGAAGAGACAACAUUUAAAGGGGAAAAAAUACGCCUGGUAAGGUUGAGAAACCCCUGGGGACAGGUGGAAUGGAAUGGACCUUGGAGUGAUAAAUCAGAAGAGUGGAACUUCAUUAAUGAAGCAGAGAAAAUCCGUUUGCAACACAAGAUCGCGGAGGAUGGGGAGUUCUGGAUAUCUUUCGAAGAUUUCAUGAGGCAUUUCACAAAACUUGAGAUCUGUAACCUCACACCUGAUACUCUGGAAGCUGAUAAACUCCAGACCUGGACUGUGUCAGUCAACGAAGGGCGCUGGGUGAGAGGCUGCUCAGCUGGAGGCUGCCGCAAUUAUCCAGAUACAUUUUGGACCAAUCCCCAGUAUCGUUUGAAGCUCCUGGAGGAAGAUGACGAUCCUGAGGAUGAAGAGGUUAUCUGCAGCUUCCUUGUUGCACUGAUGCAGAAAAACAGGAGGAAAGAACGCAAGCUGGGAGCCAACCUGUACACCAUUGGCUUUGCCAUCUAUGAGGUGCCCAAAGAGAUGCAUGGCACUAAGCACCACUUGCAAAAGGAUUUUUUCCUCUACAAUGCCUCCAAAGCUAGAAGUAAGACCUACAUAAACAUGCGAGAAAUCUCUGAGCGCUUCCGGCUGCCUCCCAGCGAGUACGUUGUCAUACCAUCAACAUACGAACCCCACCAGGAGGGAGAAUUCAUCCUGAGGGUUUUCUCAGAGAAAAGAAGUCUUUCAGAGGAGGUUGAAAACAUGAUUGAGGCAGACCGUCCAUCACGUCCUUCAGCAAAAGCUCGUGAAGAGAAUGAAGAGGAAAAACAGUUUAGGAAUAUUUUCCAACAGAUUGCAGGAGAUGACAUGGAAAUCAAUGCUGAAGAGCUCAGGAAUGUUCUAAAUAAUGUCGUAAAAAAACAUAAGGACCUAAAGACAGAAGGAUUUGAACUGGAAUCCUGCCGCAGCAUGAUUGCUUUAAUGGAUACAGACGGCUCAGGGAAGAUAAACUUUGAUGAGUUUCGACAUCUCUGGGACAAGAUUAAAAGCUGGCAGAAAAUUUUCAAGCGUUAUGACACAGAUCAUUCGGGAACCAUUAACAGCUAUGAGAUGCGCAAUGCAGUCAAGGAUGCAGGAUUUCGGCUGAACAACCAGCUCUACGACAUCAUUACAAUGCGCUACGCCGACAAGAACAUGAACAUAGAUUUUGACAGCUUCAUCUGCUGCUUCGUGCGACUGGAUGCUAUGUUCAGGGCAUUCCACGCCUUUGAUAAAGAUGGAGAUGGAAUCAUUAAGCUCAAUGUGCUGGAGUGGCUGCAGCUCACCAUGUACGCCUAACACCAGAGCCCUCUGCCACCUUCAUCAAGAACACGCUCAAGACUUCUCUUUAAGUAAUGAGCUCCAUUCAUCCUCAAGUGCAAAUGAGCAUUUCACAAUAUAUAUGUGCUUCACUCAUCGAGAUAAAUGGCACAUGAAAGAAUCCCUUGGAAAAGAGACAGCUGUACUCCAGUAGACCAGUGCUCAUAGUCUGUAACUACUUUUGUAGUAUCUCUGUGACAUUUUACUUUGGGCAGCAAGGAUUAAUUUAUUAAUGACUGUGUUAAGAUGUUUCUGCCUGGUAAAGACAUGGAGCAUGAACCAUUACUCUGCUUACGCUGACAAUUGGAAUCCAAGUCUUCCCUCAAGUCAAUGCGAGUCAGGCAGAACUGGGACUGUAUCUGAACUGCGAACGUCAGAGAUGUUUACUACCACCUCGGAAUUAGUCAUUAACUCUUUGUUCUGAUUUUGGUACUCUCAUUUUAGCCUUUUCAUAAUGUGAAGUAUUUCACAUGAGACUGUGCUAACUGCAUUAAUAUUACGCAUCCUAAUAAUGUAUGUCAUUGUAGCCAUGCAGGUUGGUUCUCUGCUGUGCUAGAAACAUGGAAGUCAGGCACAACAGACUGCACCAUCUAGGUAUGUCUUGGUCUAAUGCCUCAGUAAAAGUGGCAGAACAAAGCAAUUUGUCUCAAACAUUUUCAGUAUCCCCAUGCAAUCUGUUAACGCACUGGAUAGUUUUACUUUUUCAUCAUAACUGCAUUCUCUGUAAAAUUGAGAAAGUGAUGUUCCCCUUUCAAGAAAGCCACUCAGGAAAGAAAAUCUCCUAUACAUAUGUGUAUAUAUAUAUAUAGAUGUAAAACCAUACACGCACACUUUUUUUGUCCUCGGGGUUCUAUGUUGUUGACUAACAGUUUCUGGAUUCUGUUUUAAUCUCAAAAGCAGCUAGAUCCCAACUCAGACAGAAUCCUUUCCCUUGAACUGGUAAUCAAGUAAAAGCUACAUAGUUCUGUAGCUUUGUAAAAGGAUCACAUCUACUACUUUCACACUGAGGAACACAAUAUUGCCUUUUAUUAUUGUAUGAUCUUCUUAAAGGCAAAUAAUUUAGGGGUUGUUGUAUUAGUGUGUAUGUCAAGGCUAUCCUAAAUUUUCCUGCCUAAAUCCCUCCUCUGUGCUGCCGUCCCAUCAGUGAUGUGAGGAUCCUCUAAAAGCUGUUUCCACCUCUUGUCUCAUUUGAUCACGAUCGCUUUUGCAGUUUACAUGCAAACUAGGGAGCCAAUGAUUAGGAGGAAGAUUAAAAAAUUACUAACUACAACCUAGAGGUAAAUUUUAGGGGCUCAGUAAAUUAAAAUAACACCUGACUAAUGCAGAGAACAAAUAAGCAGUGGGUUUUUAGUAAAGGUUACCCACUAAAACAACAAUUAACAACACACUUAAGGUAUAGAAGUACUUCCUGACAUUAUUCAGUAUUUCUUUAUUGUAAGAGGUGAGUUUUAGCAGAAUCAGACACUUCACGCUGGUGUGACCACACCACAUGGUUAGAAUGUGUGAGUAAAGUUUAACUGAACUGAAAAUACAUCAACUGAGCUUUGACCUUUGCUUUAGGGUUUAUUUUUUUGAAGGAACAAAGAGGGAUGAAUACUGAGCACUCUUCCAUCAUUCUCGUGAAUAUAGAGCAGCUUCUGUACUUUUAUUGCAAAUGUGAAAUCAGUUUAAGAUCUUAAACACCAGUCAGUUCACGAUCUGAAUGCAUUAAAAAAAGCAGGUGAGCUUGACAAGCUUUCAGAACUGAUCAAUCACUAAUCAAUACAAAAUAGGAUAGAAAAACAUGCACAAGAAAAGGAUGUGAAGAGACCAGACUUGGUCAGGAGAACCUUCUACUGAGAGGAAGCCCUUGCCUCAUGCAUGUAUGCACAAAACUUUUGGUGAAGUCUGUGUUUUA